AUGAAGGCCACUUUGAUCCUCACUCUAGCCGCUGCUGUCUCUGCUCAGCAGAUCUGUGACCAGUAUGGCUCCUACAACAAGGGCAUCUACACCGUCAACAACAACAUGUGGGGCAUGGACUCGGGCAGCGGCUGGCAGUGCACCACCGUUGACAGCAUCUCUGACAGCGGUGUUUCCUGGCACACCCAGUGGUCCUGGUAUGGUGGCGAAAACUCAGUCAAGACCUUCCCGAACUCGGGCGUGAAACUUGACUUCAAGCUUGUUAGCGAGCUUACGAGCAUCAAAACCUCCGCCAAAUGGAGUUACGACAAGACCAAUAUCAAUGCCGACGUUGCCUACGAUCUCUUCACCGCAGCUGAUAAAAACCACGUCACUUAUAGCGGUGACUAUGAGCUGAUGAUUUGGCUCGCCCGCUAUGGAAGCAUCAGCCCUAUUGGCACUAAGGUUCAAACAGUUAAUGUCGGUGGACACACCUGGGAGCUCUGGAACGGCUGGAACGGCAAUAUGAACGUCUACAGCUUCGUUGCUGCGAGCCCCAUCACCUCCUUUACCACUGACAUCAAAGAUUUCUUCAACCUCUUGGUCAAUAGCUACUCGUACCCUGCUCACUCCCAGUACCUAAUCAACUUGCAAUUUGGCACUGAGCCCUUCACUGGUGAUGCCACUCUCACUGUCUCCCACUGGGAUGCUAGUGCCGUUUAA